AUGGAGCAUGCGGCAGCCCCAGGCCGCAGGCCGGAGCCCCCACCCUGGGCCACUGAGAAUGUUCUGCGGCAGGCCGAGGACUGGACAACCAGCCUCAAGACAGAUCUUCCCUCAGAUCUACAACUGAGUGAGGAGCAGCAGCUGCAGAUCUCCAAGGAGUUGGUUGACCUGCAGAUCACAACGCAUCACUUGCGGGAGCAACACGAGGCUGAACUCUUCGAGCUGAAGAGUGAGGUCCUGCGGCUGGAGAGCCGGGUGCUGGAGCUGGAGCUGCAUGGAGAUUGUGCAGCCCCGGCAGAGGCUGACCUGGGGCGCCGCCAGAAGCUGGCACAGGGGCUUGGGCACAAGGCCCAGGAGCAGGUACACUCCAUCCACCACAGACCCCAGGCACAGCCCGAGGACUUCUUGACCCCUAAGACCGAACAACAGAAGCUGGGGAACAGUCUACAGGGGGAAUGGCAGCGAGUGCUGGAGCAGCACAGGGCCCAGAAGCAGGCACUGGAGACCCGCGUGGCAGAUCUGGGUCGGCGGCUGCAGGGAGCCCGAGAGGAGGCCAGGAUGGCUGGGCAGCGACUGGCCACACAAGCCAUGGUAUUGUCCGCCUGCCAGGGCCAGCUCCGCCAGGCUGAGGCGGAGAACGCCCAGCUGCAGCUGCAGCUCAAGAAGCUGAACCAAGAGUAUGCCAUCCAGCUGCAGCGAUGUGCCCAAGCCGUGGCCGAGUCUGCAAAGCGCACCGGCCAGGUGCCGGAAGCCGCAGCCCUGAGGACGUUCCUGGAGACCACUCUGGAGGACAUCCGGGCAGCACACCGCAGCCGUGAACAGCAGUUGGCCCGGGCUGCUCGCGCCUACCGCAAGCGCCUGGCAGAUCUGAGCCGUAGACAUGAGGAGCUGCUGGCCAACCACAGGUGGGCCCACCCCAGUGGGGCACCCUGGACCCCCAAGGCUACCUUUGAUGCAGCCACCUCAGACCUGGAGCCACUGCCUCUGCACCUGGUCACCAAACUCAGUCACCUACCAGAGAACCAGGCCAGGCUGGAGACGAAGCUUUGGAAGCUCCAGGCCCAGGUGGGCUCUCCCUGCUGCCCUACACUGGCCUUGGAGCUCAGAGCCCCAGAAGAAACCCCAGCCCCAUGA